UUGUCAUUCAUUGGGAGUCUUCUGGCUAAAGAAGAACAGGGGGGUUCAAGUGAAUUCUCUCCCCAACUGGAAACUGCCAGAAUCCUAAGCAGAAAUGCAAACAGAAAGGCCAUUUUCUAAGUGGGAUUCUAAGUGACGUAUGUCUCCACAUUGGCUGGCAGAUUUUUUUUUCUGUUUUUAUGGACUGGCAAACUGAGCAAAAUCCAAUGUGACAAGACCUUUGCAUCUUGUAAGGGACAGGAAUAUACAACUGAGAAGGACUGAGCCACUCAAUCAGUGCAGCUGUAAAAGAGAGGAGAGCGAGAGCGAGAGAGAGAGAGAGAGAGAGAGAGAGAGAGCAGAAAAGAGAGAGAGAGAGAGGGAGAGGGAGUGAGAAAAGAGCAAAGUAUUUGUAAAGGAAAAGCAUUUUUGGUUGAUGGGAUGAAGCCAGCCAUGGAAACUGCACCGGAGGAAAAUCCUGAGCAAAGCCAAGAGAAAAAAGGUUGCUUUGAAUGCUGCAUUAAGUGCCUGGGAGGAGUCCCUUAUGCCUCAUUGGUUGCCACCAUCCUUUGUUUCUCUGGCGUGGCAUUGUUUUGUGGUUGUGGCCAUGUUGCCCUAGAAGGAACCUUGUCAAUCAUAGGAAACCACUUCUCACAGACCCCCAGUGACCAUGCCUUGUUAGCCGAAGUGGUUCAGCUGAUGCAGUACAUCAUUUACGGAAUUGCCUCAUUUUUCUUUUUAUACGGAAUUAUUCUCCUGGCAGAGGGAUUUUACACAACCAGUGCUGUUAAAGAGCUUCACAGUGAAUUUAAAACUACAGCCUGUGGAAGAUGCAUUAGUGGAAUGUUUGUGUUCUUGACCUACGUUCUGGGCGUGGCAUGGCUGGGCGUGUUUGGCUUCUCGGCUGUGCCAGUCUUCUUGUUCUACAACAUGUGGUCCACCUGUGAAGCUCUCAACCCUCCCCUCACCAACACCACUGCAUCACCAGACGUAAUCUGUGUCGACAUGAGACAGUACGGAAUAAUCCCGUGGAAUGCAAACCCUGGUAAAGCUUGUGGAUCCACAUUAGGGGAUAUCUGCAAAACUAACGAGUUCUAUUUGUCUUACCACUUGUUCAUUGUGGCUUGUGCCGGAGCUGGUGCCACUGUUAUUGCACUGAUUCACUUCCUCAUGAUUCUCUCAGCAAACUGGGCCUACUUAAAGGAUGCGAGUCACAUGCAUGCAUACCAAGACAUCAAAAUGAAGGAAGAACAAGAGCUGCAAGACAUCCAGUCGCGAUCAAAGGAAAGGCUCAAUUCUUACACAUAAGGAUAGAAACCCGCGCCACCCUCCGCAGACAUAGUGACCUGAACAGAAACCACACAGCGGCCAUCGAUACACAGACUGCUGUCUGCAGCCCCGUACUAAUGUGGGUCCUCCUAACAAACUAAUGCAUCAGUGUUGCUUUCUGCACUAACUAUCCUGUGAAAGUUUGUAGGAACCUCCUUUUGUGUUAUAACCUUUUAAAACUAUAUAUCCAGUAAUCCAUUCCAUUUGAAUUAUUCUAUUUUGUGUGUGUAGACUUCACCCUCUCUUAACCAGUACUUGCUGGUAAAGCUUGAAACAUUGCACUAUUUUUUAUAUUAAAAAAAAAAAUAAUAAUCAUUUACGGCAUGCAUUUCUUAAUUUAGAACAUUAGAUGGAUUUUUACGGGAAUGGGGAGGGGGCGGGGUUAAAAAAAAACCCAAUAAGUCGCUUUAGUUACUUUUUAAGCUACUUUUCUUUAUUAUUGUCAUUUUAUUUACAAAGUUAACAUAUGCGCCUUAUACAGAAGCCAUUUGAAGGGGGGAAAAAAAUUAGUGCAAUGUCUAACUUCUGUUUGCACGCUUGUCAUGGUGUGUUUAGUCUUGAAUUAUUUAAAAAAAAAAAAAAAUGGGAAUGCCACAGUUCUGAAAUGUUGGUGCAGUAAUUCCAUUUAAUCUGAAAACAUGCAUGCAUUGGAGUUGGGGGAGAAGUCAGAAACGCAAUGCCUCUUUUGUUUGAAAGGUAGGGUUAUAGUGAAGCUUUUUUUGGAUUUUUCUGUGAUGUGACUGGUGUUUUUUAUUCCAUUUUUUUUCUCUGUUUUUUGGAUGCUCGGCCCCCAUUGGAUUCAUCAUCCCCAGUCUCUGCAGUAUGUAUUAUUUCGCUGAACUGCAAAAAGAGAUGGAAAUGGCUCACUCAAAUUUAGAAUCAUAAAAACAAAAGGAGAUGUAAACCCAGUAGGAAAACUACCUCAUUAACAACAACAACAACAACAAAAAAAAGUAGACAUUUAUUGACCCAGAAAAAAAGUAAAGAUAUACUGUAUAUUACGGGCAGAUUGUAUUACCUUUUAAACCGUAGAUCUGACCUGCCUUUUUAACAGGGUAACAAAGUUUAUUUUCCUAUUUGAAGAGUUUAUAGUAAAGUCAAUCCGAAGAUGGCUAUCUCAACAUCUGAAACGUUUUCUAUGAAAUUCAAUUUCUAUUCCUCCUUCUCACACACCAGCCUUGUCGAGGCUCUGCACGAGAAAGUGCCAUCGUACGUUUCGGCAGGAGAUCACAGUGCCCACCCAACCCCUAUGAUUCACUUCUGAUCUCUUUGAAAACGAAAGAAACGUGAAGCAAACCCAGAAGUGGAGCCACGGUGUCUUCCUGUGGCCCCACUUGAAGUUUUGUUUUUUUUGGUCCUCAGCAUACCUCGGUGCCACUCAAGUUACCAACUCGUAACUCCACUGACUCAACACGGGGCGGCCAUUCAGCCAAACGGAGAGGCUUGAAUGUUUGUAGCCAAGCGCUGAGGCUUUUCAAAAGUACAGUCGAUAAAUUAAAAAAAGCUCAUGUGGAUGUGGAAUAACGUAUGUAAAGCUGUGACCGUAUGAUGUUUGGUUUGAUGACAACAAAUGUUUUUGGUUUUACUGACUAUCUGUAUUAAGAAGAUAAAAAAGAAGUUGAUGUAAGAUAGUUCUAACAAUUCUCUGGAAAUGUCAAUAUUGUGCAGAUGUACAAAGAUUUAAAAACUCAACGGCGAGUUACUAAUGUACUAUCUGUUUUUAUGUUAGGUAGACAAGAUAUGCUGGAAUAUAUUUGUGUUCAUCAUUAUUGCAUGGAAGAGAGUUAACUGUUUCUGCAGUAAUACAGUUGAUGUGUAGUCAUUUGUACUGACUAUGGUAGGCAUUGUUUGCCCAAUUCCUUUAACAGAAAAAAAAAACGAAAAAAAAAAAUGUCUGUAGUGGUAUAGCAGUUUUGUUUAAUAGGCCUUUUUUAUUUUUAUUUUUAAGUCAAGGUCAUUUCAAUUCUGUAUAGUACCAAUUUUUGUAACCUAUUAGUAAACCAACAUUUUCUAUGAGU